UUCACAACUAGCAAAGCAUAUCAUCGCCUAGCUAGGAAUUUGAAGCUUUUCAUAACACAAAAAUCAGUUUCCAAAUCAUGUCAACUACUACUGCAGCAGCCAUGACUCGGGUUGGCACUGUUUUAGCCAUUGUUUUUUUACUUUCUGGGAUAGCAUAUGCAGCUGCCUCGAAUACAUGUUCUAGUUAUGGAGGGAUGAGUGAAAAUGAUAAUGCAACUUCAUGCUCCGACGUUAUCACCAAGCUUACACCCUGCCUGCCUUUCGUACAAGGAAAGGAGAACAAGCCAUCCACGCAGUGUUGUGGAGGUGCUAAGGAGUUGGUUACCGCCGCCAAAUCCAAACAAGAUCGACAAACUAUAUGUGAGUGCAUUAAGGCAGCAGGAUCAUCGGCCGGCAAAAUAGACCCUUCUCGCAUUACUCAACUUGUCAAGGAUUGUGGCCUCAAAAUCGACCUCCCUCCAAUUAGCAGUCGCACAGACUGCUCUAAGGUAUCUUUCUAUCAUGAAGGGUGAUCAUAAUUAAAUCCACUAGGAGAUACACACACACACACACACACACAUAUAUAUAUAGCUAUAUUUCAAGAUCCUGCUUCCUACCAAGACUUCAUGAUCAAUCUGAUCAUGCAUGAAUCCAUGCAAGUGAUAAUAUCUAUUAAGCCAGGAAUGAAGAAAAUAAUAAUGUAUACCAUGAUCAGUUAUUUAUGAAAAAUAAUCUUUUUCAA